GUCUUCGUUCACUGGCUGGACUUAAAUUAACUUAUCUUCAACUUGUUUGCCAACAAAACCCCUUAAAUUUAAAGGACACCUGGAACUGAAGCCAAGGAUCGACCUACAAGAAUGCCCCCUCCCUCAGAGUGUGAGGCGGACGGCCUCCCCAGUGGUUACGGGUCCAGGGAUUCGAUCCUAAAGCCUGGGGAGAAGAGGGUCUGGAAGAGAGCAAGGCGUGGGCAGCUACAGGCGAUCAGCAGCUGCAGCAGCUGGGAUCUCAGUCCCACCAGCACUGAGGCAGGCAAAGGGAAGCAGCAGCCUGUGUUUGGACUAGGCGGAGGUGCAUCCAUGCGUUGCUCCACUUUGCUCGGCAUCCUCACCGGGGUGCUUCUGUACCUGGUGCUGGGAGCAGUGGUGUUUCGUGCCCUGGAGACUCCACGUGAGAUGGGCAAGCACAUGCAGCUCCAGGACACACGCCAGGAGUUUUUGAUGAACUUCACCUGCGUCGACCCUGAAAAUCUACAGAAACUUAUAGAGGGACUGGUGGAUGCAAUGGGUGCAGGUGUGGAUCCCAACAGUAACAACACCUUUGUCAGCUCAUGGGAUCUGGCCAGUGCCUUUUUCUUCUCAGGAACUAUCAUCACAACCAUUGGUUUUGGAAACAUCUCCCCAAAGACAGAAGGUGGCCAGCUGUUCUGUAUUUUCUACGCCCUGGUGGGAAUCCCAAUGUUUGGUUUCCUGCUGGCUGGAGUCGGUGACCAUCUGGGUACUGGACUGAGGAAAGCUGUUCUGAAAAUAGAGACUCUCUUCCGGAAAUGGAAAGUAAGUCCAACCAUAGUGCGAGUGAUCUCAGCUGUCCUGUCCAUCCUGCUGGGCUGCCUGCUAUUCGUUGCAGUGCCUAUCCUGGUUUUCCAGGAGGUGGAGCAGUGGAGUCUGCUGGAGUCCGCCUACUUUGUAGUUAUCACCCUGACAACAGUUGGGUUUGGAGACUAUGUUGCAGGGGAUUCUGGGAAUGAGGGCAGUGACCACUGGUACAAGCCUCUGGUGUGGUUUUGGAUCUUACUGGGCCUCGCCUACUUUGCAUCAGUCCUUACAAUGAUUGGAAACUGGCUUCGGGUUUUAUCCAAGAAGACAAGGGCUGAGAUGGAGGAACUUCGAGCCCACGCCACAGACUGGACCCAAAACAUCCAGAAUAUGUCAGUGGAUUUCCGCAUCCCAGGAAAAAUGGAUGACCCCUUCAAGCGCCGCCGGAAAAAGCGCCGUCACGGCCCUCGCAACCAUGGUCACAGUGUGUCAGCUAACGGCGCCCCUGAAGAAAACCAAGAGCAGCACGAGAAUCAAUCAGAGUCUGGAUCUUCCUCUGCCUCCUCCUCUUCUAAUGAGUCGGAGUCUGAAUCCGAAACAGACUCUCAGGCCACGCAGACGGAGCAAGUUCCUGAAGAGAAAAUCCCAGAGCCUGUAAAGGAGGAGAUUCUUCCAGAGCCUCACCUGUCUCAGCCGUUGGACUACUUUGGAGAGAACCUCGCGUUUAUCGACGAGUCUUCAGAUACUCAGAGUGCUAAAGUACAUUUGGAUCCUAUGUUGGAUUCAACAGAGUCCAAAUCUAGAUCUGUUCAACCCAAGAGGAGACGCCAUAGGAGACCAGUACCACAAAGAAGCCCCAGAGUCAACCGCUUAAACCAGGAGAAGAGGGAGUCCAAUGGAAACCCAAAACCAGUCCCAGAUCCACCACUGAAGCCUCAAGCAGAUCACAGAAUAUCCACUGCACAAGUAUAGACUUUAGAGAAAUGCAACGGGUUCAUAACCUGACAGAGGAGUUCAAAAUGUUGCAAGUGUUUUGUGUAUCAGUUGAGCUUUAUUCCAAACAUUUAAAAUGCUGCAGAAGCCUUAGCUACAUGUGGUUUGCAUCGAAUGAUCUCAGCAUGCAAGUGUGUAUGCCUUAAAGCUGAUGAAGUGAUUUUUAUGCCAAUGUUCCCCUUACUUUCUGGGGAGUUACUGCUCUCUACUGGACCAGAUCAGAAAUGCACUACACCUCUCUGAACAUGGGGGAGCUGCCUUUUACUACUAGCCUUGUAGUCAUGUUGUAGAGAGGUUACUCUGGUCUGAGUCAGUCACUUUUAAAUCCUGCCAACAAUAAACAGGUACUAAACCGGCUCACAUUUUUGGUAUGAGAAAAACGUUUUUUAAACACUUUGAGCAACCAUAGCACUUGCAUUUUGACUGCGAAAUGAAGUACUCCUACUGUA